UUAGUAUUUCCAGCAGAUUGGAGAAUAUCUUGCGAAAUGAAAGGAUUCCAGAAGAUUUUUGGUACUUUGGUGAUUUCUUCCCUUGUGGUGUUAGUCUCGAGUCAUGGUCGAAUGAUGGACCCAGCAGCCAGGAACGCUUGUUGGAGGUUCCCCGAGUUUGCAGGAAAGUGUCCUAACCAUUACACGGACAACGAGCUCAACUGUGGGGGAUUUAAUGUUCAGUGGGCCACUAACAAAGGAAAAUGUGGCGUCUGUGGUGAUCCUUACCACGAGAAGAUCCAAAAACAUGUCUACCCUGGAGAAUACGCUAAGGGUGUGAUUACCAAGACGUACAGACAAGGACAAGAGAUUACUGUACUUGUAGAACUGACCUCCAACCAUUUGGGACGAUUCAAGUUCACUAUUGGCAAGCUUAGUAAGAUCCCCAUAACGAGUGAACAACUGACCCAUGUCCUAAGGACGCCUGAGGGAAACACUUGGUGGCCCUUGCCAGACCGAGGCAACAAGAUGUUUAGCAUCAAGCUGAGACUUCCUGCUGUCUUGGUCUGCAACCACUGCGUGCUACAGUGGUAUUACAAGACAGGAAAUAGCUGGGAUUGUGACCCGGAGGGAUGUGGUCUUGGAUAUGGGAAGCAAGAAACGUUUGUGAACUGCGCAGACGUGAGAAUCGUGUCCAAAGAUGGCGUUGUCCCAACAGAUCCUCCUACACAACCACCACCCCCCACUACCCAACCCGCUGUAACAAUCACAACAACCCCUAUGCCAACUAACGCACCCAACCCUGGUGGCUGCAAGGCUAUUGGUGGAUAUACUGGGAACACUGCAAUGGAUAUGUGGUGCCAGAAGAACUGUGCAACGGGAUAUUGCCCUGCAAGUAUUUGCAAAUGUAUCUAUUCAUCACCUUUCUUUGAAUCAAAACUCAUUGACACCAAAUCCAUGGCCUUCAAAGCUCUCUGCGCAAUCCUCAUACUUUGUAGUGUGAUAUACCAAGCCGUUGGCCACGGGUAUAUCAGGAAUCCUGCAGCAAGGAACGCUUGUUGGCAGUAUGGGUUCCCGUCUUGUGGGAAAGAAUGGACAAUGGAUGAGAAGAACUGUGGUGCAGUCAGUACUCAGUGGGAUAAGAAUAAGGGCAAGUGUGGUGUGUGUGGAGAUCCCUAUCAUCUUGAAGUCCAAAAAUACGUGUUUCCUGGUACACACGCCACGGGGACUAUCGUCAAGACUUACACUGAGGGACAGGAAUUUGAGCUUGAGCUCAUGAUCACCGUGACCCACAAGGGUUGGUCGGAGUUCAGAAUCGGUGAUAUUGGGAUACCACCCAUUACGCAAGACAAACUAUCACAUCUGUUGGUGCUGUCGAGUGGAGGAACUAGAUGGUCUCACAACCAGUACGUCAAAGGCAAAGGCUUGUACAAAAUCAAGUUACGCCUCCCCGCCGGACUGACGUGCAGCCAAUGCGUCAUCCAGUGGUGGUGGAAGACUGGUAACAGCUGGGGUUGCGACAGCGAGGGCUGCGGCAUGGGACACGGGCCACAGGAGACCUUUGUCAACUGCGCAGACGUCAGGAUCCUCAAGAAGGGAGUACCCAUUCCGGCAACACAAGCACCAGCAACACCUGCUCCUACCCAGAGGCCAGCAGGUACCACAGCCCCAGUCCCAUCAGGUCCUUGCAAGGCUAUUGGUGCUUGGGCUGGGAACGCAAUUAUGGAUAAUUGGUGUAAUGGUAACUGCCCAAGCAACUGCCCUAAAGAUAUGUGCGCUUGUGUUUAGAAAAUCUAAUAUAAAGACGUUAGGUUUACGUCGUGGGGAUAAAAAGCCUUAUCUCUGAGGCCAGAAAUAAAAAGAUAUGAACGUA